UGCAGCGCGGUUUUCUUACGUUACAAUUCCGGCUGCUUUUGCGUUCGUGGAGUUGGACAUUGAGGACCUGAACAAAAUUGUUUCAAUCUGCGAUCACCGCUGGAUACGCAACACAACGUGGUUACAUUAAAUAUUUCCUGAAUGUCACCACAUCAAGACAGUUGGACAGCAAGAGACGCUGAAACGAACAACCCCCGUUUCCCCGUGGUAGCCACAUGACCCUACCCCACUUCGCCAGAUCAUUACACAGUGCAAUUGCCAAAUAUGAACAGCCAGAGCAGACACAGUAAGCGGAUGGUCCUCUGCCACGACGUGCGGUAUCUGGUCGUCGUCGUUAUCGUCUUGGCAUUUUUACUAUUAACAAACUGGACGAUAAACAACGUGUACCUCCACGUAGCUCCACCUCAAGGGGAAAGACAUGCCCGCCAGCAGCGGCCGCCCGUAGUGAUCAUCUGGAACACGUUCUUCGGAAGAGCAGUGAAUCCAUUCUUCACAAGCGAAGUAGCAUACAUGUGUCCCCGUCGUUGCGUCUUCACUCGCAGCCGUUCCAGAGUUAACGGAAGUGCUGCCAUUGUUUUUCAUGCGAGAGACGUGAAUGCAAGCGAUAUUCCGAGGCGCAAAUACGAGGGCCAAAUAUGGGUGCUCUUUGGACUCGAGCCGCCGCCUUACACAAUGGCCCCACUCGUGGCUCUAAACGGCCUCAUCAACUGGACCGUAACGUAUCGUAGCGAUUCCGACAUCGUAUUUCCGUACGGGUACGAGCUCGUCAAGUACCGCAGAGAUAGAAACGACUCCCGUCAGAAGCUGGUGUCUGGAACAGGGAAGUCCCGUAUGGUUGCCUGGUUUGUCUCGCGCUGCGAUGCUGUCAGCGGAAGAAUGGCCUACGUUAAUAAGCUUCGAGAAGUGGUAGACGUUGACAUCUACGGAAAAUGUGGACAGUACAGCUGCAGUCCUAGUCAAAGCCGCGAAUGCUACGAGUUACUUUCAGAGAGGUACUAUUUUUACCUCUCGUUCGAAAAUUCUCUCUGUCGAGAUUACGUGACGGAGAAGUACUACAACAUGUUCGCGUACGACGUGGUGCCCGUGGUUAUGGGAAACGCAAACUAUACCGCGUUCUCUCCUCCUGGGUCAUUCAUUGACGCUCUGUCGUUCGAUUCGCCGCGGGACCUGGGGACGUACCUGUUGAAAACUGUAAAUCUAUGGAAGAACUAUAGUUCCUACUUCGAGUGGAGGCGGGAGUAUAGAGUCCUCAGCAGGAAUCAUAGAGUUGCGUGUGAUUUGUGCGUAAAGAUUUAUACCGAUAUCCAUGUGCCAAAGGUGUAUGACGAUGUCAACAAGUGGUGGUACCACGACGCCGGCUGUUGGAGUUGGAAGCCACAUCUCAGUUAAAUGUUAUCUCAUUCGCGUGACGGAAAUGGUGCCACUACGUUGAACAGAGGAGUCUGCCAAAAGUCGUAACGUCAAGCGGGUGACGUCACGGCCUUGGGACCUCCAUUUAUUUAGCGUUGCUGUAGCGUUGGUGAAUGAGUGAUGCGUACUGUAGUAAGUGUGAGAUCUGUAUUCAGGGACGGUUACUGCAUGUAUCGCUAAUGUCUCCUGUGGUACAAUUAGGUCUGGGGUUAAGUCCAGUCGCGGUGAUCCAGACAUGCACGUAUACCAAACGUCAGUUUCUUUCUCAGCACUCCUCCAACAAAUACAUUCGUACCCAUUUCUGCUCCCAGAAAAAAAGAGUUGUGUAAUUGUAGAAUGUUGGUAGAGUAGUAUAUGAGAUAAACAUAUACCGACAAA